AUGGGCGCCAUACCGUGGCAGUACACCGAAUACCCUUCUCUAUAUGGCGGACCGUGUAAUGUAAAUCGAGAUGCGUCCGUAAAACCUACGGAUGCGACAAUUUUCCUCUAUGCCCACCGGGACAGCGAGAAUUUCAGGCCCGCUCUGGAAGCAGCCUCCUCGUGGAGGUACUGCUGCGACCCUGGGCAGUCGAAGCAGGGCCCAUUCAGCUUCAGGUGCGAUAUGUGCCAUGUGAGCACCCGGACUGCUGGUGAUCUUCAUGCACACGAGGCCGGCAAGAUCCACAAGAAGCGCGCCCACCUGGAGCGUCUCUGGGAGGCGGCGCUGAAAGACGCGGUGGACCGGUCCAUUUUGCAGGUCACCUGCAACUUGCAUCUGCUGCGAUCUACGCCCGACGCAAAGGAAGAGGCAGCGACAGGCCUCCAUCCAGCGCUGGAGAGGUGCGACUGCUGCUGCCCUCCUUUGACUGCAUUGGCAAUGCUCCUGCCAAAAAGUCCGACGGAAGGGUAUGCCUCUGAGUUCAUGCGCCUGCGCGGGGAUGCCAUGGCCCGGCUCCAGUCUCUGAAGGAGUCACCGAGCCCGGGCAAGACGAAGUCCGUGGAAAAGGCCAUCGAUGACAUGGAAUCCAACUGGCGGCAGAUCCAGGUACAGCUCCGACUUGGCCUCUCGGGCGCGGGCUCCUCGCGAGAAUGGGAGCCUCGAGUAAAGGAAUGGGGCAACGAGGUGAAAGCGAUGCGGAAGGAGUUGGAUUCCGUCCAAGAGUUUUCUCGCAUCGCCAUGCUGAGCUCCAAGCUUCUCGCUGGUCCGACCGCCGGCUCGCCGGUGGCUCCGGGCGACAGCGUGCGCUGGGUCCUCGCGAACGACGGCACCGUGCCUUGGCCUCUGGGCAGCACUUUGCGUCUGGUGGGCGGCCCGGUGCUGGCGAGCCCGAUCCUGGAGGUUCCCUCGGCUGCUCCCGGCCAGACGCUGGAGUUGGAUCUGGAGGUGAAGAACGAGUCGGAGCAGGUCAUGGAGGCAAACUACUGUCUGGUUACGCCUUGCGGCCAGCCCUUCGGAGAGCUCAUGUCCUUCAGCGUGGGCAAGAAGGAGACUCCUCCACCGCUUUGCGGCAUCGUGGCGGCUCCAAACGGAAGCAUGGAGGCACUUCAGGGCGAGGUGAAGACCUUGACCUGGACUCUGGCCAACAUCGGGACGACCAACUGGCCUGAGGACGCCUGCUGCCGCCUCUUCUACAACACGCCCGGAUUCGACUUCCUUCCAGCUGACAUCCCGAUUCCGCAAGGAGUCACUCCAAACUUGACCAUCGACGUUGAGAUCCAGGCGUUGAUGCCCGAGAAGGAGGGCUGCUUCCGCGCGAUGUGGGCCGUCACCAGCCCCUCGCACCCGGACUUCGGGGAGGUGCUCAUGGCCGAGUUCCACGUGAGCGACUUCCCCUUCAUGGACUGGAUGGUGGAGGAGGCGGAGAGCUUCACCCUGGUCUCGGAGCCCGAGCAGGAGGCCCACCAGGAGGCUGCUUCCUCGUCGUCUCCAACUCUUCCUCCAAACAUGUCCGCGGCCCACCUCAUGCACGAGCACCUCGUGGGAGACGCAGAGGUGACCUACCCGAAGCACUUGGAGGACCUGUGCUCUCAUUCUGAGGGCUCCCCUGGCUUUGUCUCCUUGGGCCACGUGUCCCUAAAGACGGCCCCUUGGGUGGUGCAGCUCCUGGUCCAGAACGAGGGCACUGUGGCUUGGCCCGAGGACUGCUGCCUCAAGUGCUGCCUGGGCUCCGGCUUCGGCUGUGCCUCCUUGCCGCUGGGACGCGUCGAUGCUGGCGAGGUGAUCCAGAUCAGCAUGGAGCUGGAGGGUGCCACAGGCCGCUCUGCUUGGGUUCUUGGCAGUGGCGAUGAAUGCUUCGGCCCAGUUUUCGUGGUCGAAGCAACAGAAGACUGGAAGAACGAUGGCGCCGAAGCCCUAGUCACCCGGUCCCUGAAUCUCGGCUCCACUGCGGGUGGCUUCGAGCGUGCUGGGGCUCUGCAGGCCACGGAGCUCAUGGACAGGAGCUCCGCGAAACUGGCUGAUGCCAAACGCGUGGCCUUGGAAACCGAGGAGGUCAGCCAGGGUGUUCUGAAUGACCUCGCCGCCCAACGUGAGACCAUCAUGAGUGUACGUACCUUGGCCAGACGCGGGAGAGUUGGUCUCUUCGCUCUACAGGCCACUGCAAGCCGUUUCCGAAUCGUUUGA